UAAAUUUAGUGGCGGAUAAAUAAAGAUAAAUUUUGUGCCACAAAACUGUAUGAAAAUUUCGCUAAUUAAAUUUUAAAUUUCUAAACUUGAACUAAAUUACUAUUGAAAACAAUAGAAAACAAAUUCGUUAAUAUACUUACAUAUCUGUUAUACAAUUCUUGUGAAUAAUUUUGUUCAUUAAUAUAAUUUUUUCUUUGCAGCAGAUUAGGGGAGCAACCAAUUUUUACGUGUCAAGCUCAUGUUUUCCAUAUCGACCCUAAAACAAAAAGAACGUGGAUAACAGCAAGUAUGAAAGCGGUUGCUGUUAGUUUUUUUUACGACUCUUCAAGGCACUUAUAUAGAAUUAUCAGCGUAGAAGGAAGUAAGGCAGUUAUAAAUUCAACGAUAACACCCAACAUGACAUUUACACAAACCUCUCAAAAAUUUGGACAAUGGAGUGACGUAAGAGCUAAUACUGUAUAUGGCCUAGGCUUUGCCUCGGAGGCUGAAUUAACAAAAUUUGUCGAAAAAUUUCAAGAAGUAAAAGAAGCAACCAAAAAUGCAUCAUCUAAAACUGUAACUAACGAAAAUCAAGCUAUGACUCCAGUCACUUCUGCCAACACUUCUCCUAUUACGUCCCGAACGUCAGCGACAAUUCAAAGUGAUAACAUGAAUGGAUCACACAAUUUGGAACACUCAAAUUCUACAACAAUUAAUAAUCAAAAUUUAAAUUCAGACAAUAGUCCACAACAUAAAUUAAAUCCUUGUAGUGCUUCGAAUCUCGAAGGAAAACAAACACUUCAAAGCAAUGAAGUGGUAGCAAAUUCAGGAAGUGCAAUUGCAAUUACUGGAACAACACAAACUUUGCAAUGUAUGACCACUGCAGGAACGAGUUCAAAUAGCGUAGUGAGUGCUGACCAACAAUUAAAAUACGAGAAUGAAAGGCUUAAAAUGGCCCUGGCGCAGAGUUGCGCUAAUGCGAAAAAAUGGGAAGUUGAACUGGCAACUCUUAAAAGUAAUAACAUUCGCUUAACCAGUGCGUUACAAGAAUCAACUGCAAACGUCGAUGAGUGGAAAAAACAAUUACAUACAUACAAAGAAGAAAAUAUGCGAUUGAAACGGGAAAUAGAUAAUUUUAUGCAAAGCGGAAUAACUCCUUCGACAACAUGUACCUCUAACACUGAAGUAGCAGAAGAUCUUCGACGGGAAGUUGGUUUGUUAAAGGGCAGAAUAGAAAGUCUUGAAAAAGAGCUAAAAACUCAAGAGCUAGAACUCAAAGCUGCUAAUAAAAGUUUAAAAGACAAAUGCAAUGAUCAAAGUAUUGCAAAAAUGUCUGAACUAGCAGCCAUAUUUGGAAAAAAUUUAACUGAAUUAUUUACAUUACAAAAAGAGAUGGAGAAUGUUUUGCAUUCCCAGAAAAGUACUUGAGAUAUAUUUGAAUUUAUUAAGGAUGACUCUAAGGACAAAUCUGAAGAUAUUUUGUAUAAUGUCAACUUAGCUCCAGCCGUUAGUAAAUCAUCAAUUAAAGUUAACGUUACAAAAGAAAUUUGUAUCGAUAAUAUUCAAGAAAAAAACCCAAUGAAUGAUGAGAAUCUUAACCACAACACUAAUGAGCUUCAAUCACGAUUAGUAAUCUUCAAUCAAAUAAAAACUGUAGAAAAACUAAAUACUUCGCAAAAUGAAAAGCAACUGCAUAAUAAUAAAACAGCUACAAUAUUAGUUUCAAAAACGAAAACCAAGUCUGGACUUCCACUGCUUCUGAAAAAUUCAAUACAUUAGUUUAAUUCAGCCGUAUUAAAAUAUAAAAUAUAAGCUCAUAUAAAAUUACGCAAUGUAAUCUAUUAUAUGUUUAUACAUAUAGAUUUUUAACUUUAUUUAAAAUCGAUAAAUCUAGAUAUUACCUCGUUAAUACUAGUAGUAACUAUAACAUUUAUUACUUGAAAAUUAUUUUUAAUUUAAACUUUAGUUUCUUAAAUAAUAUUGAAAUGAUUUUAUUGUGCGAAUGAUGUAAGCAUUUUUUCAGCUUUGAAAAUAAAUACUCAGUAUGAAAACUUAA